UUUGCAGGCUAAAUGGCUGCUGUGGUGUCCUUGAAAACUUCCAAGCCACUUCUCUUCCAAUCGAAGCUCCUCUGCUUCUCCCUCUUCUAUUUCUUCUCCUCUCUAUUCUUGGCUCUCUACACCACUCUCUCCAAUACCAAAUGCCUCUUCAGAUCAUCCCCAUUUGAUCCCAUUCAGUAUUCUCUCUUCUCUUACCCUUCUUCUUAUGGAGAACACAAGUAUGCCAUUCCAACCCUUCGUUCUUCAUGCGAUUCCCCUGUUUAUUUCUCAGAUUAUUCUGCUGUUUCCCAAGAAAUACAAGAUUUAUGUAGGAAUUCAACCGCAUUAGGAUCCCGGACUCUGAAUUAUAUGCAGAGGAAUGCUCAGACUUUUGGUGGCAAAUUCAGCACUCAGAAAAGAUUUUCCUUUUUUGAUCAUCCCGGGGAUGGAGCUAAAAUCCCUUGUGGAUUCUUUCAAGGAAUCCCAAUUACAUUUCACGAUCGAGCGAUCAUGGACAGAUGUGACAGAGUUGUGGUGGUGUCAGCCAUAUUUGGCGACCACGACAAAAUUAGGCAGCCAAGGGGACUAGGGGCAAAGACACUGGAUUCUGUAUGUUUUUUCAUGUUUGUAGAUGCAGUGACCCUUGACAGGCUCGAUUACCACAAUCUGAUUUCAAGAAAAGUCAAGGAACCUAAAGUUGGCGUGUGGAGGAUUGUGAAGGUAGCAAGCGAGGAGUUAUAUGAAAGUGCAGCAAUGAAUGGAGUGAUUUUCAAGUACUUGGUUCACAGGCUUUUUCCCAACUCAAAAUAUAGUAUCUGGAUCGAUGCAAAGUUACAACUUGUGAUUGAUCCGCUGUUGUUAGUUCAUUCACUUGUAAUUCAGGAGGAUGCUGAUAUGGCGAUCUCAAAGCAUCCAUUCUUUCUUCACACAAUGGAGGAAGCCAUGGCAACUGCAAGGUGGAAGAAAUGGUGGGAUGUUGAUGGAUUGAAGUCACAAAUGGAGACGUAUUGUGAGAAUGGCUUGGAACCAUGGUCCCCAAACAAGCCUUAUCCCUCAGAUGUGCCAGACACUGCUCUAAUUAUAAGAAAGCAUAGUAUGGCUACAAACUUGUUCUCGUGCCUUGUAUUCAAUGAAUUGGAGGCAUUCAAUCCAAGGGACCAAUUGGCAUUUGCAUAUGUUAGAGAUCACAUGAAUCCGAAAUUGAAGAUGAACAUGUUUGAUGUUGAAGUUUUUGAACAGGUGGCUAUUGAGUAUAGGCACAACCUUAAACAAGGAGGGCCCUCUGUGGCCAAGGGACCCAAGAUCAACAGAGCUAGUUUUGACUUGUUUGUAAAUAAAACUUGUAGCAAGUGUGAGCAAUAUCUCUUGAAAAUGUGGGGUGAGUCCCAUGAUUGAUUUGUUGUCGAUCAGACUUUUUUUCUUUUAUACAGAACAGAUUGUGAAUGAAAAAGUAGAAAGGAAAAGCUGGCACAUCAGAAACAGGCAGCAGCGAAUGUUCAGGCAGAAAGAUGAG